GCGGUGCUGAGCUCCGGGAGGAGCCGCUCACCAAUCAGGACCCGGAGGUCUGAAGCAGCGUCACAGUUACGUAGCCGCUCCGACACUUUAAGAGCAGCGUGACUCUUCUUCUCAGUAUUAUUUUCUUCUGAUCAGAGAAAGAAGAAGCGAUGGCAAGAACCAAGCAGACCGCUCGUAAAUCCACCGGAGGCAAAGCUCCCAGGAAGCAGCUGGCCACCAAGGCUGCCCGUAAGAGCGCCCCGGCCACCGGCGGAGUCAAGAAGCCCCAUCGUUACAGGCCCGGUACCGUGGCUCUGAGAGAGAUCCGUCGUUACCAGAAAUCCACCGAGCUGCUGAUCCGCAAGCUGCCCUUCCAGCGCCUGGUGAGGGAGAUCGCUCAGGACUUCAAGACCGACCUGCGCUUCCAGAGCUCCGCUGUCAUGGCUCUGCAGGAGGCCAGCGAGGCUUACCUGGUCGGCCUGUUCGAGGACACCAACCUGUGCGCCAUCCACGCCAAGAGGGUCACCAUCAUGCCCAAAGACAUCCAGCUUGCUCGCCGCAUCCGUGGAGAGAGAGCUUAAACUGUCUGCUGAUCCACCAACCACAACGGCUCUUUUAAGAGCCACUAACACUCACAGAGCAACAUGUCCUACUAUUCAUAAUUUUAUAUUUGUACAUCAUCUAUCAUAUUUUAUUUGUGAGAAUAUUCAAAAACAAUUUGUGUGUAAUUCUCCUCUGAAAUACAUUCAUUCAGAAGUAUAAAAUUAUAGUAACAUGUCAUGG